GUUUAUAUUCGUUAAUACGAUACAUUUUUAGAUUGUAGAAAUCAGCUGUUCCAAUUUUUAAAUAAUUUACGUGUUUACGUGGAAUUUCCAAUCAGGUCCGAAACUCUCACCGAAAUAAAUAGAAACGGACAAAAUGAUUGAAGUAACAGAUCUGCAGAAAAUUGGCAUUGGCUUGGCUGGCUUCGGCAUAUCGUUUUUGUUCCUUGGCAUGCUGCUUCUGUUCGACAAAGGCUUACUCGCAAUUGGAAAUAUUCUGUUCAUUUCGGGACUGGGAUGUGUAAUCGGCGUGGAGCGAACUUUGCGCUUUUUCUUUCAAAGACAUAAAGUAAAAGGCACAACCGCCUUCUUUGGUGGAAUCUUCAUCGUUCUGCUGGGCUUCCCCAUCACUGGAAUGAUUGUUGAAUCCUAUGGAUUCUUUGCACUAUUCAGCGGCUUCUUUCCCGUCGCCAUCAACUUCCUUGGACGUGUGCCCGUCUUGGGAUCGCUAUUCAAUUUACCCUUUAUGCAAAAGAUUGUUCAAAAACUUGGCGGCGAUGGCAACCGGACAACAGUGUAGUAAAAAUGGUCUGUUGAGCGUAACACCCAUUACAAAAUAUACGAACAAGCCUUUUUUGUAUAAAGUAAAUAAAUUGUAUCGAAAUUGUAAAAUCUAAUAAGCUUCAUGUACAAAUCCGCCUUCAUAAACAAUAUACACUACAUGUAGACGACAACAGUUAA